AUUGCCUUUCGUUAUCGCUGCCUCUUUUCCUUCCAGUUCUCACUUGCCAUCGCCCGUGGCUCCCGAUCAUCGCGAUGAAGCACACUAAGCCAGUCUUCUAUUUCCUAUUCGUUGCACUUAUCUUCUCCUGCUCGUCCCUCGGCUUCCAAUCCGAUGAACUAGUCAUAGACGAUGAGGAGUUCGGCAUCGAGGGCGGACGCGCCACUGAUCCUGUGCACGCAAUACCUACUUCAACCCCUGCAAGUCGCCGGCGCGUGGAUCUGGAUUCUUCUUCAGAUUCCAAGUCGGUGCAGUUCACGCUCGAGCACGCCUUCGGGGAUUCGACCUACUCUCCCGCCGGAACCUUCACCGCGCGUCUUAAAACCUGGAGUCAUGGUGGAAAGACCCUUACAAAGUUGCGCUUUUCAAGAAAUGGACUGACAGAUGCAGAAAAGGAUGCUUUUAAGAGGCUUUUGGAAGAAGAUAAUUUUUAUACAAUAAGAGUGCCUUCUAACGUGCUGAAUCCUCCUGGAAAAGGCUAUAUUUUGUCAUCUGUGCCAGCUAGGUGUAUUCCUAGGGAAAGCUUGGAUGAACACUUCGUGAUCCAUACGGAUGGUGUGGAUAUUUUGGCCUUGAACUAUGGUUCAGCUGGUUCAUGUCAGUACCCGAGGCCAUUGAAGUUUCCCAAAAAAUGGUCAUUUAAUUCAUAUACUGUCAUGAAGAACAGCGAGCAAGCGCGAAGAACUCCUACAUUUACUGAGGAAUUGCUUGCAGCAGAAACUGGAGAGGAAGAAGCUUUAAAAGCACCUGAAAGGUCCUUCUGGUCAAAAUAUUGGAUGUAUCUGAUUCCGCUUGGAUUAAUUGUGAUGAAUGCCAUCACUCAAGCUAUGAAUCUACCUGAGGAGCAGCAGCCUGCCGGCCAAUCUGCUUCCCAGGCUCCGCAGCCAAUUGCUCAACGAGCUACAAAUUCUGCUGCGAGAAGACGAUAGACUCGAGACUUCACAUGAACUUCAUCUGGUGUUGAGACAUUGUUAUCUUGGACUGCAGCUGUGAGUUUAGAAAGUAAAGAACGGUUGACUAAUUUCUAAUGAGUUGGACUUGUAGAUGCCUCACCUAAAGCUUCUUCCAAAGUCCUUUAGAAGAGGUAGAAGAGGAUGUUGUGGAAUUUUUAUAAAAGAUUAUUAUUGUAUUGCUUUCCAUCCACUUCUCCAUAAUUAUAUUUGAUGGCAGAUCUUGAGCCAAAACAUAUCUGAUUAUGCUUCGAGAUAAAGCCAUGCUUGUUAACGUUUUGGGCCUUGAAUUCUUUAUUUUUAAGGUAAAUAAUGCUCCAUUUCAGACA